AUCAGAAGCCUUGCUUGUUUACCAGCCUCGUGCAUGAGAGAUGUAGUCGAUGAUGAACCACCAGGUACUGGACUUUCUACGGUAAUUGCCCAAUUUGGGGAGAGGCGAACGGGCGAUUGGCGCAGGCGGACAGCGCACCGCGGCGAUCGGUCGCGAGUGUUUCAGCCGAUGCGCAACGGUCGGUCGUCAUUUGGUUUGAUUUAGCAACGGGGCGUUUGCUUGCGUGGGGAUGAGACAAGAGGGAGAUUACAUGCUGUUUACCUGUGUUUUGUCUUUGUAAACA